UGAACAAAUGAGGAUUCCAGGCCUGACAAGCACAUAAACCAAUCCUUGUGGAGAUAUACAGUACUUUACAAUUACUAUUAGCUGUAGCUUUACAUCCAAAAUAGUCACUGUGUGUGUGUGUGUGAAUUGGUAGGAAGGUCAUUUGUAAAACCAGAGAAGCUUCAAUCUCUCCUUCCCUUCAUGCAUCUGUCAAAACAAUAUUCAUUUUGCAGCUCUUUCUGAAAAACAACACUAAAAGCGACAGUCAGCAACUUGCUUUAGCAUGAAAACAGAGAGAGAGAGAGAGAGAGAGAGAGAGAGAGAGAGAUGUAGUCAGAAGACAGCGAGCUGUGACUUGCCCAUUGAGAUGUACAACACCAGGUGACUUGCCCAUAGAAACGCCUUCACAAGAGCAAGGGAAUGAGAGGUUCAACCUGAGGAAUUGUGAGAAAAGAGAAAGAAACCACGAUAGGAUUAUUUCUCCUGGAUUGAUCAUUACACCAACUUCCACGAAUCAAGAUGGCUGCCUUAAACGUUUCCAGUUUCAUCAACAGCAGUUCUCAAUACCACUGCAAGUUUAAUGAGGACUUCAAGUACAUCUUACUUCCUGUCAGCUAUGGGGUGGUGUUUAUUGUUGGGCUGGUGCUCAACGUCAUUGCAUUGUAUUCCAUCUUGUUCCGGAUCAAACACUGGAGCCCCAACACCAUCUACAUGCUCAACCUGAAUGUGUGUGACACACUCUAUAUCCUCACACUACCCUUUCUGAUCUACUACUACGCUGACAAGAAUGACUGGCCUUUCACUGAACCUUUCUGCAAACUUAUACGCUUUCUUUUCUAUACCAAUCUCUAUGGUAGUAUCCUUUUUCUCAGCUGCAUCAGCAUCCAUCGCUUCCUUGGCAUUUGCCACCCGGUGCAAUCAAUGCAGUGGGUUAAUGCCCGACGUGCCCGUUAUGUCUCAAUCCUUGUUUGGGUAAUUGUUCUCAUCUUUCAGGCACCGGUGCUCUACUUUUCCCGAACCACCAAUCAAGUCUGCCAUGACACCACAUCUCAGGACCUCUUUAAUUACUUUAUGGUCUAUAGCUCGGCCAUUUCGGUCAUUUUGUUUGUAAUACCCUUUGCAUUAGUGCUAGUUUGCAAUGGUCUGAUGGUGCGAAAACUUCUAAAGCCCACCACCAUAGGAGGUGCCACGUCCCAGCGCUCCAAGCAAAAGUCAGUGAAGAUGAUUGUCAUAGUGCUGCUGGUCUUCAUACUCUGCUUUCUGCCCUUCCACCUCACACGGAGCCUGUAUUACAGUUUUCGAUACGUAAAAGUGAACUGUACACUGUUGGAAGGUUCUAACAUAGCUUACAAGGUCACAAGGCCACUAGCCAGUGCAAACAGCUGUAUUGACCCCAUCCUCUACUUCAUGGCAGGCCAGGGUUUCCGACAGAGCCUAAACAAGAAACACAGACAAUCUCAGAGAAAGGAGGAGAGCAAGUGCCUCUCCACCUCUUUAUGAACAAAUAAUUUGAAAUAUGAAUCUGAAACACAAACAAGUGCAAUGGAUUAAAGAAAGUUAUGAAGUGCAUAGGAAUGCUUUCAUGACUGCUGAGCUAAAUGGGUGCUUACUAAACUUGGGUGUACUGAACGCAGACAUGCUUUUUAAAUAUCUCGUCACAAGGGGGAACAGGAGACAAACACUUAUCUAAAGCAACUCAUCUAUAGCUCUUUGAGAAUACAGGGACACGAGAUACAAUGAAAAUAAUUUAAAAUAUGGCUUUAUUUCUAAUAAUUCCCUGCUUUAGAUUUUUCUUUUUCUUAUUAAGAUAAUGAGAAGUAAGAUUUUAGGAAAUGUUUGGUAAGCCAUGAGUCUCCAUCUUUAUAUUAUUUACCAGCAAUAGGUAGUUAAACUAAUUUAUGCUAAAUCCAUGUAAGACUUCUAUACGUAUGUAGAGAAGCCAAGAAGGUCAAGCAAGCUCAGGGACAUGAUAAACAUAGAAGGAAAAUAGAUGGAAUAUAAUAUUUUAGAUUUAGAUUUAAUGGCUGUAAUGGUAAAUCUGUUGUUUAGCGCUAGAUACCGAAAGAGUCACUGUGUUGAGCACUUGAUCAGGGCUCUUAACCCUCAUGCAUUCUGUUCUUGGACUGUAUAUUUUACAUUUGUAAAAUGCAUUGGAUAAAGGAAAUCUUAAAUAUGUAAAUAUUGAAAUGUAUUAAAAAGGUAAAGCUUAAACAGAAAGCUUUGGAUAUCCUGAGCUUGUCUGGAGACAAGACUGGAAACAAUCAGGAAACCCUUUUUGGUGAGAGAUUUUUUUUAAUAUUCAUUUUUCUUUUCAUAGAGUGUGCAUCCAUAUUGGGGGUUAUUAAGUGUUUAAGGGAUAUGGAAGUGUUUAAGGGAUAUUGAAAAUCUUUUUGACCAUUAUUACAAAAUAAUAUAGGCCUAAAGUGUUCUUUAUAACUCAAAAGGCAAGGUUUUAUUGCAUGUAGUUGAGGAUUGCUGACAAGAAAACCUGAUUAAGAUGAUUGCACACAACUUUACUAUGAUAAACCUGUUACUUUCAUUUUUCUGGUCAUUUUCCCGAUUGUCCAUUAAUGUAUUCAGCUGUCAAAUUAAUAAAAUUGUGUUGACAUUGUGGUUAAUUCAUGUUCUCAAAAUGUAAAGUGCCCAUGGAGCACUAUGGCAGCAUUGUGCCUAAUAAAUAAAUACAUUUCAUCAUA